AUGCGUCUCCGGUCGAACCACGUUCUGCCCGACCCUAAUCAGGUCCCUCCUCCCCCUCGUCGUCGUCGCCAGACGCGAGCUUCUUCUGCACAGCCCACCGAGCCGGCCACUGCCACGGCCAGAGGCCCCGCUAAGAAGGUCACCAAGAAGACCCGCGGCAAGAAGAAUGCCCGCAAGGCCAAAACACCGAGCCCUGAACCCGAAAUUCUCUCCAGUACCACUUCGCCGGCCCCCCGCCUGGUAGUCUCCCAAGAUCACAGCCCGCUGGCCGCCACCCCGGCGGUUCAGCCCACCGAUGACCGUGAGUUGGAUUCCUCUAUUCGCCCUCAGGACCCCCAAUAUGCACCCCAGGACACCCCCGUGACACCCCAAGACUUCCCCGAGAUGCCUGAAACCCUCCUCGGGGCAUCCCUUUUCACAAUCGAGGAAGAAGAAGAGCCAUUUUCGCCCUUCCAACAGCUCGUCCAACAACGCAAUGAAGAGCGCAUCCAAGCGCGCAUCCUAGAACAGGAGCGCAUUCAACAGCGCGUUCUUGUGCGCAUUGCAGAGGAACGGCGCCUCCAGGAGCGCAUUCACCAAUCCCAAACCUCCCCCAUUCCCCUUGACGAACCCCAACAUCCCUCCAUCCCCUCUCUUGAAGACGACGAUGAAUUCGUUGAUGCCUGUGAGGUUAUUGACCGCAACUCCAAGUCGGCCAAGAGGUGGCUAUUGCGCAAAAAGCUCUUUGGCGACGGUCCUUUGCGGGUCCCUGAGGUCCUCUCACCCUUCAGCGAGGACCGCAAGUACCGCAUCAUGAACAACAUGGACCUUCCCGAUCCCCCAGGCAUUUGGACCAAAAUCAAGGAAACGCAGUGGCUAACUUACUAUCAAGACCGCUGGGGCAUCAAGCGGGUGUACCAGCCAGACCAGCCCGAAUCGUCACCCGCCAAACGUCAGAAGUCAUCAACCGCGUCCCCGGCUAUCCUCUCAUCUCCCCGCCCCCGUGGAGCCUCCCGGAAGACCUACGCAGAUCGCACCCGCCGCCGACAAAUCGAGGCCAAUGGCCGGAUCGACCGAACUAUCUUUCGCCUUCCUGAGCUGCUUGCUCAGCAACGGGCAGAUGCCGCAGCAAACACGGCUCGCUUGUCUCCCAAUUCAGAUGAUACCAUUCCUCCCAUGACCCCUCCCCCUACCGCCCCUGCACCCACUGCCGCUGCAACGCAACCCAACACAAGCUGGCGGAGAUGGAUGUUUGAUUCAGUUACUCGUCGUUGGACCAGUCUGUGGGGAGGAACCCCCGCAGAAGAGGCUGCAGAGCAGCGCAUUGUGGAAGAACCUCAAACCCCCCAUGCUCAAAACAUUUCUUCCGACCCACCCGCAUCUGCCCCCUCGGCAUACUAUGCCGCGCGCUCACGACAAGAGAAUCCAGAUACGGUGACACCUCAACAGACCGGCAAUCCUCGUGUCCGCCGUCGCACACAAGCUCGUCCUUACUACCCAUCCCGCCGCUACGACCUCUACCCUCGCGGCUUCGACGAAGCCCUUCUUGACCGUUGCUUCGCCGGAAGCACCGCCCCAGGCGACCGCAAAGUCCCCGCUCCGCCUGAACAAACACAAUCACAUGAAAAAGAAAAAGAAAAAGAAAAAGAUUCUUCAAACAAGCGCAAACGCCAACCCUCCCCCGAUGUGAUUCCAAAUCCUCCAGGUUGCAGUUACGGCUUGCAUGAUGAUUACUUCACCUAUGACGAUGACGACGAGGCAUGGGCUGCCGAAGAACAGGCACGCCGAGAUGCUGCGAAGACCUCCCCGAGUUCUAAGAAACCCGCCACAAAGAAAGCUCGGGCCAAUUUCAAUCAUGCUGGGCACUUUGAGGUGCCUGAUUCAUCGGGCUCAGAGGGGCCCACCCCAGUCAAACAACCCGCCGUUAAGAACUUCAAUCGAUCUGGACAUUUUGAAGUCCCCGAAUCCUCUGGUUCGGAGGAGGCCUCGUCUCCGGACACUGGCAAAUCGUCAGGCCCUAACGGUCAGGGUGCGCGAUCCAAGAGAAGCCCCUCCCCCCUGACCAAAGCCCGCCGCACCGCCGAACAACACAAGCCGAAAACCCCCAGUCGUCUUCGGGCUGCACACCGGUUCUCCUUGGACCCCGCUAUUAUGGAUAACCUGGACAAAAUGAUGGAAAGUGAAGAUCCCUCGGAGCGCGCAAGGGCUGCAACCGUCCUACAAGCUUGUCCCACCGGGGACCUUCGCAGCGUGAAGUGGCCUAAGACAAAGAGUUGGGUCGACAAGAUUGACAUGGUAUGGGACGACAUUAACACUCGGGAUCGUUACUGGCGCAACCGGAUGGCGGCAGGCGGGAUGGACCGCGAUAAAGAAAUGCAAUACCGGGUCCAUAAGCAGUUUCAGGAAGGUGUGGCUAUUCUGGCCAAGGCUCGCCGCGAUGGCCGAUGUGCCCUGGUGUAA